AUGCUCAACGAAGAGGACACCGAGCUGGAUGACACACAUCUCUGCAUUAAGUGUGGCAGCACCGUGGAGGGAAUUGAAAAUUACAUCAAGCACCGUAAGGUAAAUUGCGCACAGCCGGCCAAAUCUUCAGGUGGCACCGGUGAGGCCGGACCCGGUGCGAUUGGCAAUGCCGAUCAGUCGACCGUAACGGUGCGCGUUGAAGCGGUAUCGGCGGCGGAACCGGCGCCCUAUGGGACGUUUGACUUUACCGAAACAAUCAAGGAACCGGAGCACCAUAAGAAAGUGCCGAGCUACGACUAUCAUAACUACGAGCUGGAACCUCAUCAUCAUCAUCAUGACCAUCAUCACCACGCUGACCCGGAGCAUCACCGGUCCGAUGGUUCGAAAGCGAACGACUAUAAGAACGAGGUGAAUUACGAGUACGAGCUCGGAGCGGAUCUGUUCUUUUCGUCGCUUGAGCUGCAGAGCAGCAGCAAGCAGAAGACAACGGCCCCCACCCUGCCGAAUGCGGCCCAGCCCAGCGGGGCCAGCCCCGGGCUGAUCGGUGGUGGUUGCAGUCCUGCAGCAAAGCUCGCCCUGCCGCAGUCUAGACCGAAGACCCGCAAAUACACCACGACCCUCGUCACCACGCAGCUCGAGGCAGAUCAGCAGCAACAGCACCAUCCGCUGCCGGACGACUGGCUGGCGACACCGAACGAGUCCGAUAAGCUUAUGAAAGCUGUCAGCGAUAUCAGUGGCCACAAAAAGGUGGAACUGUAUCCGAUAUUCCAUCAGGAGUCGCCCGACCCGUCGGACGACGACAGCGAGGACGAGGACGACUAUAAUGCGCCACCGCGCACCCAUACCGGUGGCAAGUGGAAGCCGGAAAAUCGUCCAUCACCGAACGUACUGCGCAGUACGUCCCACUGGCGCCACUGGCCACCGGAGUCACCGCUGGACAAAUCCAUCGAACCGGACGAGGAAGACGAUAGCUUCAAGAGCUUCUCGCCACCGCCCGGCCACACCAAGGGCAAGUGGGUGCCCGGCUCCAAGAUUGCGCGCCUCGAGUACAAACCAACCCACGAGCCGGUGAAAAGCUACGAGGACAAUUACUGGUGCAGCAUUUGCAACCGCCGGCUGGCCUCUCGGUUUGUGUACGAGCGCCAUCUUAAAUCAAAUCUGCACCUUAAACGGGCCCAGGAGGAAUUCGAGCUGGAACGUGCCAUCAAGCCGCCGCUCUACGCUAAUGAACUAUCGAAGCAGCUAACGGAGCAGCCGGGCAACGGGGCCAUCGGGGCCGUGGCCAGCGCGGGUCAAUUAACGAAGCCACCGGAAAAGGGGAAACGCAAACGCAAAUGCUACUACACCAAGUGUGUCGUCUGUCAGACGCGUCUGCCGACGCAUCUGCUCGGGAAGCACUUGAUAUCCCGUUACCAUUACCGUCGGAUGCUGAACCACCCGGAGCAGUGCUUUGACGUAGUGCUGAAAAAUAUGCACCGCAUCGUGCUACAGUCCCCGUUCCAGUGCCAACCGUGCCGGUUUUACGCCAACAGCGAGCACUACUUUAUGGACCAUUGGCGUUCGCCGGACCACGAGGCCCGGGUAGCGUCGAGCGGUAAGUUUUGGUGCAGCUUCUGUAAGUUUGAAUGUGAGGGAAACUUUCAGAUGACCGAACACCUGCUCGGUGCGAACCAUCGGGAAGUGAUCGCGGUCAUCAAUCGCUCGGUGCCGAUCAUCAUCCGCAAGAUCACACGCAUCCGGUGCAGUGCCUGUGAGCAGGAGUUUCGCUACAACGCCGAGCUGCGGCACCAUCAGCGUCACUGUACGGUGGUCAGCGACGAAGCGGUGGCGGCGGUUCGCGUCAAGGUACAGAACACCUUCACCUGCGAGCUAUGCGGUGCAACCUUCCCGAACCGGAUGCGAUUGCUGCAGCAUGGCCAGAAACUGCACCGGUUGGCAAACUAUUACUGCUCGAUUUGUGAGUGUUCGUUCGAGACGGCCCACGAGUCGCUGCAACAUCGCCGUACCUCGAGGCACAAGAUUAUGUCCGCAAGAAAGAAUCGAAAAUCGAACCUCGUUCCGAAGCUGUGCUCGAUUUGUAAGGAAAAAUUACCGGAUGUGCUGGAGCUGAAGCAACACAUUGCCACCAAUCAUCCGGAUGUGAAGUAUAGCUGUCCUCGGUGUGGCGAAUGUUUCGUCCUGGCGCAAGAACUCGGCAGACACGUACGUGACAAAAAUUGUACAUUUUUCAAUUCCUCCACCACGCUAGAACAACCGGCAGGAACGUCCUCGGCGUUCUUUGUGCCGUACCCGACAACGGAAGUGCUCUCGAUACCGACCACAUCCACGUCGACGACGACGACGACGACGACACAUCAGCUCGCUGGUGCACUCCCGGCGAUAGUCCCACAGGCGGCAACUUCACCAUCGUCAUCAUCAGCAACCCGGCCGCAUCUUUCGGGCACAAAUUCAAUUAUCUCAAAUGAUUCAAUUAAAGUAAAUAUGAAUGAUCGUAAACUAGGCAAGGAGACACAUCUGUAUUCCUCCACGGUGGCACCGUUUCUGGAGACGUCGACGGACCGGGAAUCGGAUGCCGAACCCGAAUCGUCCACGGAUGAUGCGGAUGUGCCCGGGCAAACGGGCCCAGCUGAUCAGCCCCGAAAAGUUGAUAUGAUGGAAAAUUAUUCACACACCCCCAUGCAACCGUGUACGACCGAGGCCCGGUCAGCGACCACAUCGACCUAUCGGAUUAAAUUGGAAUCGUUCAGUUCGGCACUUGCCGGCAGCACUGCCGGGCCGAUCCACCAACCGUCACAAUCGCCGCCGGUAUCAAAUACGGAUUGCGAUAAUAUUGUUGCCGCACGGAGCCCGCAAGCGUCAGCAGAAAUCUUUUUCGCCAUGGCUAAUAAUGCGUCCGAAAAUAAUACUGUUUACGUUGAUGAAAUUGUUGGCACCAUCGGUGAGGACGGUUCGGUCGUUUGCUGGCAGUGUAAAAUAUGCCCAUUCAGGACCUCAUCGCAAGCCGAAUUUCUGUUUCACGAAAUUUUGCACUCAUCAAAGUUGGAUGACAAAGCAAAGCCAUCCCCAUCGGGGUUGGGUCGGUGUCCCAAAAUCACCUGCCCGCUGUGUGGGAAAGCAUUCGCCAAGGCCUCCCUACGCUGCCACCUGCGCCAGCACACCGACGAACGGUUGUUCCCGUGCCCGCACUGUCCGAUGGCAUUUACGCGCAAGGCCAAUCGCAAAAAUCACAUUGAUAACAUUCACCACCAGCACGAGCGGAACGGGCGGAAGCGCAAUGGUGGGGAGAUGGUGGGCACCACGGAUGAAGGAAUCCGUUCGACCGACGAUGCCACCGAAGCAGGACCAUCCCGCAGGGCUAUCUGUACCAGUUGCGGCAAAUCGUUCGCCAAUCGUCACAUCAUGCUGCAGCAUAGCCGCGUCCAUCAAGACCAACGAUCCGUCAAGGAGUUUGCCUGCCAGCACGAAGGAUGUCACUAUCUGGCCCGUUCCGCUGCCGAUGCCCGGCGCCACUUGGUGUCCCAUACGAGCGAACGAAACUUUGCCUGCGGUGAUGAUGGCUGUGACUAUCGGGGGAAAUCUCUCGCCCAGUUGCGUAGACAUGCUCUUCUUCGCCACGAGGAUAUGGAGAAGAAACACAAAUGCGACCAGUGUGAGUUUGCAACGCGAAUUCCUGGACACCUUCGACGUCAUCUGCUGGUGCACUCCGGUAGCAAACCGUACGCCUGUCCGCACUGUGAUUAUUCCUGUAAUAACAUUGAAAAUCUACGAAAACAUGUCAUUUCUACUUCGAAACAUAAAGGGAAAUUUUUGUACGAAUGUAAAGUCUGCUCAAAGGAUGGAAUCACCAUGUAUGGAACCAACUUUCAGAAAGAGUUCAAAGAGCAUAUGCAGAGUUAUCAUAAGCUAUCAUCAGACGAAAUGAAAGCUGCCUCCAUAGUUUAG